GGGGAAAGGUUGCAGACGGCGGCAGCGGUCCAUAAAUACAAAUAGAAACCCAGUCCACUUUCAGUCCGCAUUGCAUCGCAUCGCACCCUUUCCAUUCAACAUCACUGCUUCUCUCAUUCCUCGUCUUCACACCCAUACUCCUUCCAGUACCCCGAAACAACCAUGGCUACCACCACCACUCUCACCUCACUCACCCUCAAAAGUACCACCACAGCCUUCACAGCCAUCGUACGGAGGGUACCUUCCUCCGUCUCCGUUUCAGCUGCAAAUAUUCUCUUCCGAUCAUAUUCCCAGGGUAUCCGUCCCCGAGGGCCAGGCCCCAUCCCCCUAGGAUCUGCCAAGGACCAAGCUGAAUUCGAACAACUGAUCAAGAAUGCAGAAUCCGCACCGAGUACCAGUCAUCCCGACGCAAAGACUCCGGUGCCAACAGAGUUUGAAGGCGAUACUAACCCGACUACGGGUGAAGUAGGGGGCCCCAAGCGGGAGCCCGUCCGAUUCGGAGACUGGUCCUUCAAGGGUCGGGUGACAGACUUUUGAAGCAACAUCCGCAGUCUUUGCCUUGCCACUCUGUUCACGUAUUCAUAACUCGUAUAGGCUUUUCAUAUCCAUGGCAUCCAUAUCUUUUGACAGUUGGCAGUCGAUAGUUGGCAUUUUACAUUUGACACUCGGCAUUUCAUAAAUAAAGCGCAAGCGAAUGUCCUCCAUAGUGCCAUGCUACAUGCUGAAUACAACUGCGGUUGAUCUGGUGGAAGCCAUGCUGGUCAUUACCAUGGCUAUUCGCUGUUUAAUUUUCUGUUAAAAUGAGAAGAUGAGGUGCG